UUUUCAGGCAUCGCCGUCAAAUCUGAAUGCACGCGUCUUGGAAAAUUUGAUAGGCAUUUCGAAAUAUCUGUUGCAAUCCCGUACUGGUACACCGUUGUUGAAGCAUCUUUUCGACUACAUCCUCUUCAAUCCGGAGCUCUGGAGUAAAGCUGAAGCUUCUAUACAAAUUAAAUUGUAUUAUUAUUUGGCGAGUGAUUUUUUGUCGAGCGCGAAUUUGAUGCUUCCUUUGCAACGUUGCGCCACUGUCGUUGAAGUUCUUCACGCCGUCAAAAUGAGUGACAUUGUAACAAUCCGAGCACAUCUGCUAACGUUUGUUUCGCGAAUGAUUUGUAUGGUGGAUUCGAAGGAGAGCGAACUGAAUCGCGACAGCGAGUUCAAUGCCCUGCUCAAUUUCAUUGCCACCGACGAUAACCUCUAUGACGUGCUAGCACUUACAACACGACUUCUGGCCGAAAGACCAGCAACAAUGGUACCAGCUUUCGAUCGAAAAAGAGGUCUUGUCGUGGUAUUCAAACUCAUCAAUUCGGUCAACGAAUUGAUUCGUAUCCCGGCACUUAAGAUAUUUGGCUAUUUCUUGUGUCGCUCAACACUCAAGUCAGACGAUAACCUCUAUGACGUACUAGCACUUACAACGCGACUCCUAGCCGAAAGACCAGCAACAAUGGUACCAGCUUUUGAUCGAAAAAGAGGCCUUGUCGUGGUAUUCAAACUUAUCAAUUCGGUCAACGAAUUGAUUCGUAUCCCGGCGCUUAAGAUAUUUGGCUAUUUCUUGUGUCGCUCAACACUCAAGUCAGUUUGCUUUUUCGGGCAUAAUUUAAUCAGCUUUCGCACUAUCGCCCCAUCGUCUAAGUUGGCAACUUUUCUGUAG